CGGAGGUAGACGUGGAGGAAGGACUACGCUCGCCGCCAGCGCCGUCGGGUGCCGGCACGUGUCUGCGAUCCCGCCGUCUUCGAGGAACUCUGGCGUUUCCGCAGAGGCCCAGUCCUUUCGAAAUCGCGCGAUUGAUUAGCUGAUUGAUUGAUCGGGUCGGUUGGUUCGUCGCCUCGUGGCGCGAGUGGAGUCGAGGAAGAAGAAGUCACACCGGCGAACUGACGUUCUGUUUUUCGAGCUUGUCGUCUGCUCACACCCGUAUUCGCCAGCAGACGACAUCGCCGUCACGAGUUUUCCCGAGAAAGCUCGCGCAGCGGCCGCAACGUUUUGUGGACUUGGUGCGCGUUAGUUUGAGGGGGAUUUUGCUCGGCAGUGCGCGUGGUUGGUGUUGUCGCGCGGAUCGUGACACUUGUGCGACGCGGUGUGGUGCGUCGAACAGGUGCGCCUCCUGUGAGCGCGGUUUCAUGCCUCGCGCUGUUGUUCGACUGUCAGCGUCUCCCUUGACACUCCUCUGAAAGCAACGAGGGAUGGCCUCUUCGACAAGAAUGCUCGCACCAUGGCCGGAGGUUAUUCUGCUUCUCAUCUUCUGCUUCCACGAAGGCUCGGCAGUGUGCUACUUCCCCGUCGAACUCCACGGCACAUUCCUGAUGCAGACGCAGGCGACGCAGGCGUACGGCGGUUCGGUGGUCUCCUACUCAGAGAUCACCGUCGAAGUGGACGCCAUACCGCCGUGGGGGCGCUGCCAUCGGCGACGGGGACACCACGUCAUCCUCAAGGACAGCACGGGCGCUGAGGACUGCAUGCGUUGCUUCCACCUGACGCUCAAGACGCCGAACGUGAUUCAGAUUCACGCUGAAGGUCUCGCCCGGUGCUACACAAACGAGGAGGCAGCCAGGGCGACAUGUCCCGACGACAGGGCAGUGUCGGAGCGGCGGUUUACAGAGAUCAUACUAUACAGGAAGCACCAAGAGGAGCAGCUGAAGGCCAACGGACUGCUGGGCGAGCCGCCGUCGCCCUCGCUGCAGGGUUCUUCCCUGCACCAGAUGUUCUGUCCCAUCAACGGCCGCUACCGCUUCCAGUACAGCGCGAACGGCGAAGAGUUCCGGUGCGCCGAGCCCUUCUCCUCCGAACUGAGCAACUGUCCCCGAGGAGAUGGACUCACCGUGCGAUUUCGGCAGUGCUCGUUCCCCGACUUUGACGUGAGCUUCUUGUGCUUGGGCGACUGGGAGAGUGGCCGCGGCGGAGACCGCUACCUGGCCCUCAUGGACCUCAGGAAGGACCCGGAGUCCAGGCCGCGAUACCGGUGCGGGCUGUACCGCGAGGAACCGGGAACAGGCCGCGUCUACGUGGCCCUCUCUUCCGAUUCGACCUGCGCCACGCAGCUGACGUCAGCCACGAGCGGCUACGAGUCGCUCGUUCUCACACCAGUGCCCGAGCGUAGCCUCCCGGGCGAGGUGGAGUCGGCCACGUGCCGCUUUCCCGAGUGGAGCCAGGGCCAGUGGGAGCGGGUGCGCGUCGAGGCUGGGACGCUGGUGUUUCGAGACACCGAACGAUUCGUCACGCUCACGGCGCGCUGCGUCACACGGCAGAACAGCACGCCCAACGACCGGCUGCUCGUCUACGGCGUCACACAGUGCGGCGAGGAGCUCUACUACUGCCUGUGGAUGCGGCGCAGAUCGCUGAACGUCAUGGAGUUCCAACUGGGUUUGAAUCCCAGUGCCCACCCUUCCGACGCGCUGUGCAGUGACGACCAAUUCGCGACCACAACCUGGGUGACGCAAGGAAGGAGCCAGUCGUCGCUGGCCUCGUGCCCCAUCACGGGCGACUACACGGGAGUCAUCCCGGGCACCACGGGCCUGUGCGCCCGGGUGGCCUCGGACUGCAACAACCCGGACAUCAUGUUCUACUCGGUCAGCAGCUGCGACAACAAGACGCACGUCUACGAAGAACGUGAGUACCGUUGCCUUGGCAGCUGGGAGGAAGACGGUGUCACCUACACGUACACUCAGCGUAGGGACAUUCCAGGAUACCAGUGCUUCUCUGGGAAGAUCAUACGAAGUGGAGAUGAGGCCUACAUCAAGGAGGCUGGCGAGAGCUGCUUGAGGGGUGAAGAUCCUCUCCUUUACGGGAUGAAGAUAGCCAAGCAAGCCUCGUGCAACACUGUGCUUCCACCUCGCCCACCUCCUGUCCGGGCGCCCUCAAUACCCCCGCGGAAGAUCGGGGGUCGCCCGUUGGUACCUCCGCUGCACCCCAACACCCACGACCCGUACUGGUACCGGGCCGAGACCCAACAUCCCAGCACAAAGACCUGGAAGGCUGUCACUGGCCGUCCACGCUUGAACGAAAUCCCAGGAAGCAGCGUCGGCAUUUCCGGAGGAAGUCGCAUUGCUGACAGCGGUAUCGUGGACGGCAAUUCUCGUGUUCCUGGCCGUCUCAGCCGGGGCCCGGUGAAUCUCAAAUCUUCUGGUCCACUGUUUGCACAGUCAGCCCGGUGUACUCCACCGCACAAGCUUCGAGAGAUGGCGUACUAGUUCCAACCUGUGAUAACGACCAAACCUAUCGUCUCGCCACGACGCUUCGAGAAACUUUUUUGCUGCGGUGCAAGUGGAAGCAUGGGCCAACUUACUAGAAACCUAAAGGCAUUGUCAAACUCGUCUGUGUAGCGAGAGUGGUGGUUUCAUCUGUGCAUGGCCUGCGGGUGAAAGGAUGUGCAAGAGUUCCUCAUCAAAGCGAUGGAGAAUGUGUGGGGUGAAUGUAACUACCUUGACGGAGCUCAACCCUGCCUCGCUUGUUGCAACAGCAGCAAGAAAAUGGACAGUUCUUGUCGACGCGGUGCUCGCGAGUCGCCUGAGAAUCAAAGUACAUAGGACGUUGCGGAGUGGAGUCACUUCCGUGUGCCGAUGCUACUUCGCAGUGCGUGUGAUGUCUGCAGUUUCACGAACUCGCAGCUUCAGGCAAGCCCACGGUGAAACAGCUUCACAGUGCAUAGCAUUUGUGGAGGCAAUGCUGAGAAAUUUGCUGCAACGAACAUUAGCCUGAAUCCAAGGCGGUGUUUUUUCUCUUCCACAUCAAAAAAGACGCUUCCUGCUUCACCAAGACAGGAGAGUAAGCAACAAAAAACAAAUGCGGACUUCCGAGAGCUUGGAAUACACCUAAAUACUUUGAGCGAGCUGGACUCGCUUUCGAAGUCUUUUUUUUCCUGUUUGUUCCAACUGUCACUGUUAGUUCUACAGCACCAUAGGAAGCAGUGGCUUGCAGAAUGAUGUGUUUGAAAGUGCCUUCGACAGUGUAGUCAUGUUGACAGUGUGAAUGUGUAACCUGCGAGCUCACGCAGUUUUUCCGAGACCUAAAUCUCAAGCACAUGUGAUGCAUUCCUUUACUAGCCAAAAAGAGAAGUGGCCUUUGUUCUCGAGUGUACUGUAAGAUGUGACCUCCCCUUGUACAUGAGGAAAAAAAAAAACUAAAAAAAAAGUGGUGCUUCAAAUUCCUUGCUACCAUUGAAGAGGAUAGUCUUCAUGAGAUUUGUUAACGAAAUGUGCAAUGUGGCUCUACUCGACUAACAACAAUUUGUCCCAAAGGGAAGCAACAAAAAUUAUAGUACUUGCACAUACUUGUGCUUCUUGACGCUAAAUGGUUACACCUGGGAAGUAAAAACAGCGCAAAAAUAUAGACAAGGACAGAAGGAAGAGACCACACCGCACUGAACUGCGCUGUUUUUACUUCCCAAGUAUGAACUACCAACUAGCCCAACUUUUGCUAUUAUUGUAAAUGGCCACACUUGCCCAUGUUCGGCCGUUUGUGUCCCAUGUUUCAUCUUAUAGCUAUGUUUCAUUGUAUUGCCAUGCGGAAAAGCCACCUUCAAGGUAUUCUUAUUUUGUGAUUAGUGAAAUAAAAGAGUGCCAGUGAGUUUAAA